UAAACAUUACGAAACCAAUCUGUACAAUACAGUUUUGUUUUAUCCAAAAUGUCGAAUUUGAAUAAAGUGGAUUUUGUGACGGGGAUGCGGCGGAUGGUGUAUGCCGUAACACCCAAUGAAACAUCGUUCAAAGCAGUGGAAGAAGCCCCACACUAUAUCAAUGAGGCGACUCCGUUUUUCUGGGUGUGUAUGGUAAUCGAGCUGGCCAUUUCAGUAGCGAAACAAGACCGGAAGUACCGUAUGAGCGACGCCUUCACUUCCAUCAGCGCUGGAAUGUUCUCCCGGCUGCCCAUGGUCAUAUUGCGGUCAAUAACGCUUGAGGGCUAUGUCUGGGUUUACCAGAACUUCCGGUUGACAGAGCUCCCCUGGGACUCCCAAUGGACGUGGUGGCUCACAUUCCUGGGCGUCGACCUUGCUUACUACUGGUUUCAUAGGAUGGCUCAUGAGGUAAACUUCAUGUGGGCUUUACACCAGACGCACCAUAGUUCUGAGGACUACAAUCUGUCUACGGCACUCCGCCAGUCUGUCUUCCAAAUAUAUUCCUCAUGGGUAUUUUACCUUCCUAUGGCUCUGUUCAUCCCACCAGCCGUGUUUAUAGUUCACCAGGAGCUCAACAUCCUUUACCAAUUCUGGAUACACACUCAGUACAUCCGGUCACUUGGUCCCCUAGAGUGGAUCCUCAACACACCGAGUCACCACCGCGUCCACCAUGGCCGGAACCCCUACUGUAUAGACAAAAACUACGCUGGUACACUCAUCAUAUGGGACAGGCUGUUUGGAACGUUUACGGCUGAGAAGGACACCGUAGCGUACGGUCUUACACACCCGAUCAACACUUUUGAGCCCUUUACCAUUCAGGCUGGCUACAUCAAGUACCUGUUGGAGCGACUUGGUUCCCUUCGCGGGCUGGGAAACAAGAUCUGUAACUUCCUGUAUGGCCCGGGAUGGUUGCCAGGGAAACCGAGACUCGGGAAUAUAGAGGAUAUUCCGAAGGUCGAGAGUCCUGUCCGGAAGUACGACGUGCGCAUGCCCAGUUGGCUGUCCGUAUACGUGUUUGUCCACUUCAUGUUGUUUGCUGGCGGAUACCAAGAAUUGAUGGCUAGAAAAACGACGCUGUCACAAACCUCUGUCCUGGUGUUUGUCGCCUACUGUUUCUUCAACCUGACCUGCUUCGGACGCCUUUUCGAUGGAAGCAAAUCUGCGAAGAUAUUCGAGCUGGUCCGUUGCCUGAUGUUUGUCGUUGGCGAAACUGUACUAUGUCAGAUCGGCUGGUUUGGAGAACGUGGGGAGCGGCCCUUGGCCAUGGUCGCUUUCCGGUGGCUGUUCGCCGCCUCCGCCUCUCUAUGGGUUGCGCUCAUCAUGCGCGCCGGAAAUGCCACUGAGGAAAAUGCGCCUAUGAAGCCUGGUACCAAUUUGACGAAGAAUAGGUUGGACAAUAAGAAAAAAUCAAAUUAAAUGUUGUGACCAUAAAAAUAUUGCAAACCAAAGAUUGUUGAUUGGUGCUAUAAUGAUUCAAAUACUACUUAAUUACGGUAGUGGUAUUUUUGUUGUGAUUCAUUUCCAUAGUGAUAUAAUAUGUUGUACAACAUGCGUUUUAUGAUUAUUACUAUUCAUACAAAUGUAUCAGGAUAAGCAGGCUAUCUGGGGCCGUAUUCACUUACGUCUGAGCCAGCGGCCAUACGUACUAACAGUCUCAAGUCCAAGUCUAGACUCAGACUCAGAAAAGGAACAAAAAAACAUAUCAAUUUCAUUUCCUUUAUAAAAAAUAUGUAAAUAAUAGUAAAACAUUCUAAUAGAAAUGUAUUUCAGCAAAUUUUACCAUCAAUGCUCUGAUAGAAGGAAAAUUACAAUGAAAUGAAGUUUUGCCAUAAUGAGUCUUGAGUCUGAACUUGGGACUGUUCGUAAUCACAGCCCCUAAAAAGCGAAUUAUAUGUUUCGAAAUAACUAUAAUAUGAGUAAUUUUGACAAAAGAUUUGUGCCUGACUGUAGAACUAUUUUUGUGACAGAUACAGCAAUUAUUACCCGCUUUGCUCCUAAAUUAAUAUUUUUACACCACAAUUAAAAUCUUGCUUCUCAAAUUUAGACUCAAGACGUGAAUACGGGUCCAGAAGCUCCAAAGUCUCGUUGCUUUACUCAACAAUUAUACUCGGAAAUAAUAGUCUGGAAAAGUAUUUUAAAUCACAUGUUGUUGUUUUUAUAUUGCAUGUUUUAAUUAUCUGUGAUACUCGUUUUGUUUUUGCUAUUUAGCUGUACAUUACUGUAUUAAAGGUGGCAUAUGAUAUGAAUUUUAUUCUCAGGAAAUAUAGACAUUAUAAUUUGCUCAUACAUUGUAAUAGGGACGGGACUGUUUUACCAACGAACAUUCAAUAAAAGGACAAAAUAGCUUAACCAAUAUGGAUGUUAUUUUUGUAAGAUUUGUAAGUAUCUUCCAUGACCGAGAAUGUAAAAUAGGCUCAUCCCAGCCCGAGCUUAGGGUGUUUUACGGAAAUGAGGUUUACCGAGUUUUGGCAGAACACCCUACCAUGCGCGACUGUUGGGAUGAACCUAUCUUACACAAGCGGCCGCGGUAGAUGCUUUUUCUCCCACCUCAGUUAAACAAAAUACAGUAAAAACGAAUUUUAUUUUAUUUUUACAAACGGGUACUUGUUUAUUUUUGCCCAUGGACAAGAUAAGGGUUUCCUGCAUGGCCAAAUAUUUGGAUCUACUUAUCUGGGGUAGGAGAAAAGGAUUUCCAGCAUGACAAAAUAUUUGGAUCUACUUAUCUGAGGUGGGAGAAAAUACAGUGGUCAGCUUAAAGUCAGUAUUGCCUAAAUGAUAGUGAUUAUAUUACAUCUAGUAUUAUAUAUACGUACUUUGUAGUCACAUGUUAGACAGUGAUCGAUUGUAGGUCAGUAUGGCCUAAUAUAUGAUUAUAGAUAUAUUAUAUCGGAUAUAAUCCAUUCAGUUUUAUAUAUAUGUCCUAGAUAGUCACAGUUAGACAGUGCGGUAGGUUCAGGGUCAAACCUCCUCAAAAACUUGUAUUUCACUGAGGUAUUUACCUGAAAUGUAUAAAAUCGUGGAUGCAUCUCGACCAAUAUAUAUUGGCGUGACAUUGUUACCGAAACUUUAUAUCAUGUAUAAAAGUAUGAAGGGUCGAAAUGCAUCAACGAUUUUAUACGUUUCAUAUAUAUUAUCGUUUUAAUUGUUAAGGUAUCAGUUUUAGGUUAAAAUUAUGUGUUUUGAGGGUUCAUUUGCCAGCCAACCGGGGAGGACGAGCCCUUGUUCCCCAUUCUAGUCGCGCCUCUGAUGUUAUACAUGUACUCCUUAACUAGAAAUUUUAA